AUGAGUGGAAAGGAAGGUAAACGAUCGAGAGGGCGCAGAAACUUGUAUUCUCACUCCAAGAAUGUAUCGACAAGUAGUGCAGCAGCUACGGCAGCUGCUAGUGAGGGUGCAGCACCGAAACUGUUUCAGCCCUUUGGAAUUAGUCUAAAUAUGAAUGGCAGCGAUGUUGCAGCAGAGUUAGGUCACACGUUACCCGCAGCUCCCGAUGAUGCAGAGAGGAUCACAGAACUAAUGGAUGCACCACUAGACAUGGAUAUCCCAGCUCAUGCCAUAAGCAGGGGUCCAAACCCAUAUUUAGACAGAUGCAUGUAUUGCAACAGUCCUCGCACAAACUCUUUGGAUGGUGAUGAGGGUUUAGAGCUACUAGAUCUGCAGUUGCCUGGUAAUACUGUGAUAAGCAGUGUGGCUACUACCCAGUCUUACAACUCGCUAAAGUUGGAGGUAUGGACUUGUGCAAGCUGUAGGAAAGAGGCAGGCAAUCUCCAGUCAUUUUUGGAAGCAAAUUUUCCCCAGGCUUCUUAUGAUCUGCCUUUUUUACAUGGGAAAGCAUGUGCAGAUCCCUUAUCAUGCGCCAGGUGUCAAGAAGAACGUGGCAUCCUCGAAAAAGAGACGAUGGAACUGCAAGAAAAUUGGGUGGAACUGCGUUGUUUGGUUAAGAAUCUGUACACUAGCCAAGAAAUGAUCUUUUCUGGAGGGGAAGGUGAACGACUGAAAUUUCUUAUAGACAAACUUUGUAGCCAAGAUCCACACCAGUUAUUUCUGCAGCUUGAAUCUCAGGUUCGAGAGAUUGUGACUGACAUAAAAACAAGCCUUCUGGUUAAACUUAAGGAAAACGGCUACACCACACCAGAAUUAGCCUAUGAUUUCACUAGCUCACUGCUUUCUCAUUACGAUCAGCUGACUAAUAAAGCUCACCUUCUUGCCCAGUAUUUGGAAGGACUGAGUGAACACCUAGCACAGUUUAAAGUAACCUGGGAGCUUUUGAACAAACAUUUGUUUCAUGCAAUAGCCCACAGUGAUCCUGUGGUUAGUAGCAGUGGGCCAACAAUACUAGAACAACUAAGGCAAGGCUCUAUACAGUAUAACAGGUCCAAGAAUGACCCUUACCAUGCUGUUCGCACGCAUCUGCUCAAAUUUCAGGAAGAAAUGUCCAGUGUGGUUGUAAAAUGGAGAGACUGCCAGCAGCUUAUUGAAAAUUAUUGCCAGGAGGAAGUUAAGAAUACUCAAAAACAGGUGACAAGCAAAGCAAAAAGUUUCAUAUCACAACAGAGGCAGUACUUAAAAGAUGUCAUAAAGGAGUCAGUGAUGGAUGAGGCCUUAUCAGAAACUAUGAGAAAUUUAAUGUCAGGCCACAAGUCUUCCACAGAAAGAAUACUUUGCCAUAACUGCAUGAGGGAGAGAUGUACAUGUGAUGAAUGCACAAUAACUCACAUGAUAACUUGCGGCAUUAUCAACAAUGAGAAAGGAGAAAUGCCUCCUUUGCAUGGUCCGUUCAGUUUUGCAUUGGAGCACCACCAAAGUGUCAUGGACAUCACACCUCCAUCCAUGUCUAGCACCAACUCCAGCAGUGGCUGUGUGUCACCUAUGACUGAUGAUGACAAGAUCAGCAGAUAUUAUGAAUGUGAACAGGUUUUAAA